CCUCUGCUCUCGUACCGUGAGAACCUCGCUCGCUUCGUUGAGAAAACGUAGAACGUAUCGUAUUCGUAUCGCCCGUUGUAAUGGCUCGUACCAAGCAGACUGCUCGUAAAUCUACCGGUGGUAAGGCACCGCGUAAGCAGCUAGCCACGAAGGCAGCUCGGAAAAGCGCCCCAGCCACAGGAGGUGUGAAGAAGCCUCAUCGCUACCGACCGGGAACCGUUGCUCUGCGUGAAAUUCGUCGCUAUCAGAAGUCGACCGAAUUACUGAUCCGCAAGCUUCCGUUCCAGCGUUUGGUUCGCGAAAUUGCCCAAGACUUCAAAACCGACUUGCGCUUCCAAAGUUCCGCCGUUAUGGCACUGCAGGAGGCAAGCGAGGCAUAUUUGGUCGGCCUUUUCGAAGAUACCAACUUGUGUGCUAUUCACGCAAAACGCGUCACCAUUAUGCCAAAGGACAUCCAGCUAGCACGUCGUAUCCGAGGAGAACGCGCUUAAACGAGCCAUUUUUUUAAAAAUACAUACAAAAAAUUAACAUCGGUCCUUUUCAGGACCACUACUCCUAUUUCUG